GAUUGGUCCAAGGCCAGUCCUUACGACCAGCCGGUGGUCAGCACCCUGCAGCGGAGGAAGGACCGCGUGGAGCAUCUGCGGGAGGCCGAGCUGGGCUCCACCAGCAUGGGGUAUCCGGGAAUUAACUUGGAAGACGUGCCCAGGCCCAGGAUGUCCCCAGCUACCAUCGCUGCCAAGCAUGGUGAGGAGGUGUCCCCCGCUGCCAGCGACCUGGCCAUGGUGCUCACCCGUGGCCUGAGCCUCGAACACCAGAAGAGCAGCCGGGAUUCCCUGCAGUACUCCAGUGGCUACAGCACCCAGACCACUACUCCGUCCUGCUCAGAAGACACUAUCCCGUCUCAAGGUAGCCGGGCCAGCAAGGGGGCUGGGCUGUCCAGGCUUUGGAGCUAA